AUGGAGAUGGAAUAUCCUGCUGAUUUCAGCUUUCAGCCAUCGAGUGACACUAGUCCUUACAGCCAUGGAUCAGGUUCGGGCUCUGGUUCUGACCAAGGGAUAACCAAUGGAUGGUCUGGAAGAAAGUGGAUAGUGGAUGAGUCCAACUUGUUGGAGCUCUUCAAGACCUGUCACAUGUGUGGUGAAAUAAUUGAAGACAAAAGGAUGGUGACAAUUGGCAGCCAACUUAAAAUCUACUGGUCAUGCCUGGAUGGACAUUCAGGGGAGUGGGCAUCAUGUCCCAACGAAAGAAACAUGGGACGAAACAAUCUCCUGACCUGUGCGGCAAUAAUGUUUUCAGGAUCCACAUACACUGUCAUAAAAGACUGGGCGGAUCUUAUGAACAUUCAGAUUCCUGGAAAAACACAGUACUACAAAAUUCAGUCGACAUUUCUAAUUCCUGUCAUAAACAAUGCCUACAAAGAACAACAGCAAAAAAUCAUGGAUCGACUCACUCAGCUGUCUGCCUCGGGAGAGAAGAUUGAGUUAUGUGGUGAUGCAAGGUGUGACAGUCCAGGUUUCAGCAGUAAAUAUUCUACCUACUCUUUCCAAGAUGACGCCUCAAAAGAAAUUGUCCAUUAUGAAUUGGUCCAGGUUACAGAAGCAUCCAGUUCUGUUGCAAUGGAGGCAUUGGGGUUUCAGAGAGGCAUGGACCAUCUGAUCUCCAGGGCAGUGAAUGUUGGAGUCAUGUCAACAGACAGAUCUCCAUCCAUUCGGAAAAUAAUGAAGGACAGCUACACCAACAUAAGGCAUGAAUUUGACCCAUGGCAUGUCAAUAAGAGUGUGAAGAAGAAGCUUCUGAAAGUUUCAAAUAAAGCCGAAAACAGAUUGCUGCAGACAUGGAUCAAAUCAAUCACCAAUCACCUCUAUUGGUCUUGCAGCUCUAGCCAUGGAGACCCUCGAUUCAUGUACGUCUACACCAAAGCAAACCAUCAGUGGGUGGCCAAACCCAUCUACGAAAAAACAUCACAGGCUUUUACAAAAGACCUCAUGGAAGAUGUUUUGAAGAUGACGCAGGAACUGACUCUUCACUCUACGCGGCGUCCUCCACCACGCCGAAGACGUUUAUUGACAAAUAUAGCCCCAGUACCAAGGCCAGAGAAAUCGGAGAUGUUGUCACGAAGACUAUCACGCUUCAAGCAAUCCUAA